AUGACCCGAGAAUUCGGGUUCACGUUUCUCAGUUUGCUGAGUGUACUGUCAGCAGGACGUCAGGAGGAGGUUCAUUACGUGAACUACACUUUGAUGCUGGAAGAAACGGAAAAUAACAGAUUUUGCGGGGAACUUCGCUUCUGUCACAAUCGCAUCGAAUCCUUCAAUGUCUCUCCCAAUGACAUGGUCGAAUCCAAAUUCGGGAAGUCGCCGUGCUUCUGCGACGCAGAUUGCGUCAUCUACGGAGAUUGUUGCAUCGACAUGGCCGUGAAACACUGGGGGAACGGAAAAGAAGACGGAAGCAAUCUUUGGGUCUGCACCACUCUCCAAGACGAGGACAACAUCUACAUGGUGGGACGAUGUCCGUCGGAUUACGGGGACGAGUCGGUCAUGCAGCAGUGCCUUCGAGAUUCCGUGCCGGAUUCCGAAUACUCCCACAUCCUCGACGUCCCUGUUUUCAGUAGUGCUACGAACCGCACCUACGUCAACGUCUUCUGUGCCCACUGCAACCAAGCGAAGGAACUCGUGCCCUGGACCCUUCAUAUCAAUUGCAGCAAAAACGUCUCUCAGAUGUUCACCGUCCAAGAACUGAUGAAAAUGGCUACUUACAGCAAGGGUCUCCGGAUGUGGAGCGUUCGACUCCGGGAAGAGGGAGUGUUCAUGGGACAACCCUUGUAUUGCAACCUUCGCGUGAAUGAGUUCCAAGACUUCUCCAACUAUCUCAGCGAGUACAACGGGAGGAAAUGCAGGCCUCAGGUGAGGGAAUGCAAGGAAGGAAGAGGGUCGUGGAGCAACUCCCUCAAGUGCGACAUGUACAGUCUCCUGGUCAAAAACAAAACCGACGGGGUCGUCUACAAGAACCCUCACUGUGCCGCCUGUAACCGAGACAACAAGACGACGGAAAAUCUCGCCUGUCAUGAGACGCUGCCCACGUACCGGAAACCUUUCUCCUUGCCGCUGUCUUUCGCUGUCGUCUUCGAUUUCCAAGGGGGAUUCCAAGUGGGAAAGGAGGAUUGCGAUCAUGAGCACAUCUGGGACGCACUUCACGGCCGUUGCCAUGCCAUCGUCUGCGGCCGGUUCUACACCAAUCGCAACGGACGGUGCGUGGCACGGAACUUGUCGUUGGCGAACGCUUCGUCUUUCAACGUCUCCGUGACAUCGUCCGACUGCUUCCGGAUCCUCCUCACCGAGGAUGAAGUGGAGGUCUUCUCCAAUGGAUCCCUAGUCAUUCGAGAAACGGGGAAAGAGAUACGCGUUGGGGAAUACGAGAUUCAUAACGCGACCGUCGUCCUGGUCUGCGCCUCGGAUUACCGUGGACUUUUUCGUUUCUCCCCGGUUCAGAGUUACUUCUCCCUGGUUUGUUUGGUCGUAAGCCUCGUCUGCUCUGCCCUACACAUCUUCAUCUACACCUCCAUACCAAAGUUGAGGAAUCUGCCGGGGAAGAAUUUGCUCUCCUUGACCUGCUCCUUGUUCGUCGGUCAAUUUCUCUUCGUAUCCCUGAUCGGGGCCACGGAAGGCUACGGCCUGUGUCUUUUCGUCUCCAUACUCCUCCAUUAUUUCCUUCUUGCCUCCUUGUUUUGGAUGAACGUGAUGAGCUUCGACGUGUUUCGAACCUUCACGGCGAAAUCCCAUCGAGUUCCAGAUCGCAGUUCGCGGUCCUCGCUCUUCAUGCGCUAUUCCAUCUACGGUUGGGGUACCUCCGCACUCAUCGUAGCAGCCGCCAUCAUCACGGAAUUCACCAACGUUGCUCCCCAAUAUCGCCCUGCCUACGCCAGGAAUCUGUGCUGGAUCAACAGUAAACACGGCCUUGGUCUCUUCUUCGUCCUUCCCGUGGGAGGGAUCCUCCUCGAGAACAUCAUUCUCUUCGUCCUCACGGCUCAUGGAAUCUACAGCCAACAACAGGCAGCGAGUUUCGCGUCAAAAAGGGCCCAUACUCCCGGGCGCCUCAAGAAAGGUCAAGUCAACGUCAAGGUCAAGGAAGGUCAACCGAUGAGAAAGGAGCGGAUUAAAUUCUUCCUAUAUCUUAAAUUGGCCUUGAUCAUGGGGCUCGGUUGGAUCUUCGGUUUUGUUGCGAGCCUAGGGAACGUGGAUAUCCUGUGGUUCGCCUUCAUCUUCUUUAAUGGCCUGCAGGGUGCCUUCAUCUUUCUGGGAUUCGACCUCAAACGCAAGAUCCUUUACCUCGCAUGGGAAAAAGUCACUGGUCGGCCAAUGAAGAUGACACGUCGACCUGGCACCGCUUCUACUGGGGUUGACCUCAGCAGUCCCACUACCUCUAAGCAGACCAAGAUCACCUUUGCUUCCAAGAGUCAAGGUCAAGGUCAAGUCAAGGUCAAGAUCAAGGUCAAGGUCAAGGUCGAGGUCGAGGUCGAGGUGAAACUCAGGGUCUAG